CCCAAACCUCUCAAACCAGACCCCAAGAUGGUCCACAGUUUUGCCCUACCCCUACUUACAACAUGCAUGCACCAGGCCAUUAAAGUCAGUAAAUACCUGGAACAGUCUUCCCUCAGGGAUCUUAGACCAAGAGCAGAACCCAUGUCCGCAGUAAACGGGUACCCGUACCAUUUUGAUCGGGUUCGAGAGAUACCACACUAUGACGAGGUGCCUAUUGGUUCCCUUGGCCGGGAUGAUGGAGUCCCAUACCCCCUCAGGGGGUCACUACAAUCCUUCAGUGAUGAUCCCUUACCACCUCCUCCACUGCCCAUCAACCCACCUGUGGGUCCGGAUUUCUACCCCAGUGACACUGAAGACCAGCCGGACAAAGCCAUGGACAUCAAACCAGUACGGCGCUUCAUCCCGGACUCUGUGAAGAACUUUUUCAGGGGCAACAGCUUCCGGAGCAGCAAGAGCCGAAACUCUUUUCCACCUCCCCCAUCCGAAAACAUCAACACCACCACUGAUGGAGUGCCGUGCUCCCCUCCCAACUCUCGGCCACCCUCCCCCGGUGCCCCGAACUCCUAUGUGGACCCAUAUGGAGGGUCCGGGGGCAGCUAUGCCUCACGGAAGGAGCAGAUGGCGCUCCUUGGGGAAGCACUGGAGUCAGUUUCGGGUCGCUCAGCACAGACAGCCAAGACGUACAGCGAGAAGGUGGAGGAGUACCACCAGAGGUACUCCUACAUGAAGUCAUGGGCGGGGCUUUUGCGCAUCCUUGGUUGCAUAGAACUGCUGCUGGGUGCAGCGGUUUUCGCCUGUGUUUGUGCCUAUGUGCACAAGGACAAUGAGUGGUACAACAUGUUUGGCUAUUCCCAGCAGAACGUCUAUGGGGGUUCUUUUGGAGCAAUGGGAGGGAUGUAUGGUGGGUAUGGGGUUAACUACAGUGGGCCCAAAACUCCUUUCAUCCUGGUGGUCGCCGGCUUGGCCUGGAUCGCCACUGUCAUUCUACUCGUCUUGGGUAUGACCAUGUACUACCGGACCAUCUUGCUGGACUCCAGCUGGUGGCCUGUCACGGAGUGCAUCAUAAACCUGGGACUUGGGGCUUUCUACCUAGCAGCGGCCAUCGUGUACGUGCGGGACACUGUCCGUGGGGGUCUCUGCUACUACCCAUACUUCAACAACGGCCCCAAUGCUGCCUUCUGUCGGACAGAAGCUGGCCAGACAGCAGCCAUCGUAUUCCUCUUCAUCACCACAUUGCUGUACCUGGUGGGUGGCGGGGUGUGUCUGAAGCUGUGGAGGCACGAGGCAGCGCGUCUCCGUCGGGAAGCGCAAGAACAAGAGAUGAAGACUGUCGUUUCUGUUCCGCUGAGCAUGAUUGAAGUAGGGUCCAGUGUCUCAGCACAGGUCUACAAACCACAACAGAUGACUACAAACCCAGAGACCAUGGAUGGGGCCACAAUUGUUCCACCAUCUAUGAUGGAGCCCGAGUACCUGAGAGGUCACAUACCUGCUGGACAUAUCCCCAAACCUGUGGUCAUUGCGGACUACGUAGCGAAAUAUCCCACCAUCCAUACUGAUGAAGAAAGGGACCAGUACAAGGCUGUGUUUAAUGACCAGUAUGAGGAGUAUAAAGAGCUACAUGCAGAGGUUCAGACGUUGGCCAAGAAGCUUGAGGAUAUGGAAAACCUGAUGAAGAACCUUCCACCUCGGCCAUCCAGUCAAAUGGAACAGGAGCGGAUCAAUAACAUUGUGCAGGAGUUCCAGAGGAAGAAGAAUGACCCAACAUUCCUGGAGAAGAAGGAAAGAUGUGAAUAUCUGAAGAAUAAGCUUGCUCACAUCAAGCUGAAAAUCCAGGAAUAUGACAAGGUGAUGGAUUGGAAUGACGGUUACAGCUAAAACAGGCUGGCGACAGUCGUGUCUCUGACACUGACCACAAACCCUGAUGCCACCCGUUGUGUUCUCCUCUGUUGACGACCACGUUUUGCAGCUGAUUUUCUUGCCAUUCACGAAAAACUGCAUAAACCUUUAUGAAAAGAAGGAAGAAGAUGCUUCACUGUAUGAUGUAUGCGUUUGGUCUGAUAUCGGUUUUUAAAUGUGAAUAUUUGUGCUUUUGUAUAUUAGUCGCAUCAACCAAGGGAUGAAUGCUAUAUAACAUGUAUUUAAGUCUGAAUAGUCUUUUAGAAUGAAGGUUUAAACAAGAUCGCUAAAGGAUGCUCUGUCAUUGCUGUGAUAUGUGAGGUUUUUGAAUGUGGCGCAGGUUCAGUCUAGAUAUUUUCGAUGAAGCAAAAUACAAAUCAUACAUGUUUUUAUUGUCUAUAAUACACAUUUUUAAUAUGCUUUUAUAAAAAUGAUUCCAGAAACAUGAGUUUUAACUCUGAGUUCUACAUUUCUCUUUGAUUUUGUAUCCAAGGGCUCAUUUUUGUACACUUUUAUACUGUCACACAUCAGGAAAGUAAGUAAAGAGAAAUGUGUCUUUUGGUUA